AAAGUCCUUUCCGUUGGACAGAAGCAGAAAGAUCGCGUUUAGCAGCCGCAGUGUACUGAGACACAGAAUAAGCCAGGUGACAAUAAUGCUGGGACAAGCUGUGAGGCGGUUCGCCACAUCUGCUGUUCGUUCUUCUCACUAUGCCGAAGGACCAGGGAAGAACCUGCCCUUCUCUGUGGAGAACAAGUGGCGUCUGCUGGGAAUGAUGGCGUUGUUCUUCGGCAGUGGCUUUGCAUUCCCCUUCAUCGUCGUCAGACAUCAGAUCCUGAAGAAGUGAAAUGGCACGGUGUUGUUGCUCAGCCUCCGCGGUUGUCAGCUGGAACAUAUUUAUCCAUCUGCGUUCAGUCUGUGCAGAAGAAUGGGAAUCACUUCAUUUUGUUUGUAAAUAAAGUUACCCUAAAUAUGAA